AUGGCGAACUGGCAGCAGUAUAAUCCCUUUGGAAAAAGGGACUCUCACUCGAACAAUACGAUCCUCACCUACAAGAUUCUGACCCUUAUCACCUGGAUCCUGUCCCUUGUCGUUACCGUUUACUAUACCCUUCACCGUCCCGACGAUGGCCACACUCGAAACCGAAAGAUCUGGGAGCAGAACCACAUGUACCGCACUGCUUUCACUCUGAACCCAAUCAUCACCUCCAUCUACUGGAUUGUCCUCUUCAUCCUCCAGGCUGGUUACAUCGGACAUCUUUUCUCGAGCAACUCUGACAUCGUUCACGCUGCUGCCAGCGUUGGAAGCCACUUCAUCUUCAACAACCUCUUCCACUUCGCCUUUGUCAUGCUCUUUGUUCGCUCUCACUUCCACUGGGCUGAGGUUAUCCUGAUUCUCAACUUCAUCAAUCUUUCCUCGCUCUACUUCCGCCACAACACCUACCCCCGAUUUAUCCACACUCCCGUUGUUUCUGGACCUUUGGCCUGGACUUUUGUUGCCAUUUACUGGAACGGUGCUCUGAUGAUUCCGCAUCCUCACCACCUUGUCCCUCGUAUCUUUGGAAACAUCUUCAUCUGGUCCAUCCUCGCCUAUGGACUCUUCUUCAUCAUGGUUUACAAGGAUUACACAAUGGGUUUCUCGCUCAGCGUCUUUGCUGCCGCUAUUGGAGUUUCCCAAUUCCUUCACCAGGUGAUUGCCUUCCAGUGGAUCUUUGCCUUUAUCAUUAUGGCUCUUCUCUUUAUCGCCACUGUCGUCGUUGCUGUCCCUGCUGCAACAGGCAGGGAGGUCAAUUGGCGCAGCGCACCUGCUGACCAGGAACGUGCUCCUCUGCUUGCUGACCGGCCUGUUGUUGCAUCAUUCAACACCCACGUUGAAUGCGGAGUAAUGGGCGAAUCUGGCGUUGUGGUUUUAUCAACAUGUUGUUCAGAUUGCUACCUAGUGCUGAUGAAGCCUCUACGGGCAUUUCCUUUUCCAAUCAACAUUGGAAACGAUAUUUGCCAAAUAUCACGCAUCUAUGCGAUUCUAUCAGGUCCUCGAGCUGCGCGCUUUGUGAACAGAGUUUUAUCUCCUCAAGAACUAGCUGUGAAUCAUGCGCGUAUAAAUGUCCUCGGCAGUGUGAAGGCGCAAAAGCAUGGGCUACAGGAUGCUCUGCACAAAGUAAAUGAGACUAGCCAACUGCACAAGCAGAUUGCUACAAACGACCCCGAGAUGUGGAGCUGUGCUGCAUUCAUGGCUGGAAGAUUCGCGGCAAAGGAGGCUGCCAUGAAAGCACAUCCGCAUCGACGUUUGACGUUUCACGAUGUGGUGAUUGAGAGACGGCCUGUAGAGGGUCCAACACUGGGCAGCGGACCGCCCAUCGCGCGGAUUCGCAGUGGCGAGGGAGAGGUGGAGGACACAAGUGCCUUGGUCACGAUUAGCCAUGACGGUGACUAUGCAACGGCUGUGUGCUUAGGUUACGAGCCUGACAUUAGCAAACGAGACUGA